UUUUUUAAUAGGAAUCCACGGUAGCUUUUGUUUGUGGAUUAUUCUUUUCUCUUCUAGAAUCAACUAUAACCAACUUAUUAUAUUUCUUCCCCCUCCUCCUUCUCUAAGUUGCCAGAAAAAAGCUCUUCAAUAACCACCAUAUUCUCUUUUCGUUUCGUUUCGUUUCUCUAUUUGUAGAAAUAUAUAGUACAGUUGCUCACACAAGGACAAAAGAAGGGUAGAAGAGGAAUAUGUGUUUAGUGUUUGUGUGUGGAGAGGAUGAAAGAGUUGUGUCAAGGCAGCAAGCACCUGGGUCAUGUCCUUAUUGUGGAGGUAUGAUUCAGGCUGUGGACGUAGACAGCCGCUGGAAUUUCUGUUUCGUACCCUUGUACCACAAGACCAAACGCAGGCACUAUUGCACCAUGUGUUCCAGAAAACUAGUUGUCAAAUAGCUCUAGACAAGGACAACAUCUAUGGCCAACGAAAAAGCUAUUUGUAUUUAGACUUUAGAAGCACUUGUUUCCAGUUAUCUAUCUUUUACUAUUUACCAUGUAUGAAGAGUUGUAAAUAGAUAUGAGUUCGGCUACUGAGAUUAGACUUACGUAUCACGAUUGUGCACAAAUUUCAGAUAUACUAAAGUAGCACCUUCUUUGAUUUAAGAA